ACUACUGGGAAUAUAACCUGGGGGCCUAAAUACUCACAGAAGAAACACCACCUGCACGUCUAUGUUCACUGCAGCACUAUUCACCAUAGCCAGAAUCUGGAAACAACCUGAGUGCCCGAGAACAGAUGACUGGAUAAAGAAACUAAGGUUUCCGUGAAUGAGCAGUGGUGCCCCAGAAAGUGUUUCCCUUCUUCAGACUCCAGGGAAGCCUUGGAACGCAAAGAACUUGGAGAGGGAGACGAGCCAAACAGAUUUUUGAGCCUUGGUAGGCUUUCCGGAGCAGAUUUCGAGCACAAACACAAAUCAAAGCCUGUGUAUUCUUAAAAGCAGCAUUUCACGAGAGAAUUAAGAAAUACCGAGAUUUAAAACACAAAACCUUGGAAUACUCCGAAGAGCAACAUGGGAGAAACCGACAAAAGAAUUGAAACCCAUAGUAUAAGAUGUCUCUCCAAGUUAAAGAUGUUUCUGGUGGCGAUAACAUGUGCUUAUGUGUCCAAAACUCUCUCUGGAUCUUACAUGAAUUCCAUGCUCACACAAAUAGAGAGACAAUUCAAUAUCCCAACAUCUCUCGUUGGAUUUAUUAAUGGGAGCUUUGAGAUUGGAAAUCUUUUGUUGAUUAUAUUUGUGAGUUAUUUUGGAACAAAACUGCAUAGACCCAUAAUGAUUGGUGUCGGAUGUCUAAUUAUGGGUCUGGGAUGUUUCUUACAAUCACUGCCUCAUUUUCUCAUGAACCGAUAUGAAUAUGAAUCUACAGUUUCAGUUUCAGGCAAUCACUCCUCGAACAGUUUCUUGUGUAUGGAAAAUGGAACCGAGAUUUUCAGACCGACAGAAAAUCCAUCAGAGUGUGUGAAAGAUGUGAAAUCAUUCAUGUGGGUAUAUGUACUAGUAGGAAACAUGAUACGUGGAAUUGGAGAAACUCCUGUCAUGCCUCUGGGUCUUUCCUACAUAGAAGAUUUUGCCAAAUCUGAAAACUCUCCUUUAUAUAUUGGGUUUAUAGAAACGGGAGCUAUCAUUGGCCCCUUGAUAGGACUUUUACUAGCGUCAUUCUGUGCCAAUGUUUAUGUUGACACUGGAUCUGUGAGUACAGAUGAUCUGACCAUAACUCCCACUGAUAGUCGUUGGGUUGGUGCUUGGUGGUUCGGCUUUUUGAUUUGUGCAGGAGUGAAUGUGCUUACCGCCAUUCCUUUUUUCUUUUUACCCAAAACGCUUCCAAAGGAAGGACAAAAGGAAAAUGCUGAGAUCACUAAAAAUGAUGAUGAAGAGAAACAAAGAGAGAUCAAGAAGGAAAAGGGUGGAAUCACUGAAGAUUUCUUACCAUUCAUGAAAAGCCUUUUAUGCAACCCAAUUUACAUGCUUUUUAUACUAAUAAGUGUGCUCCAGUUCAACGCAUUUGUGAAUAUGAUUUCCUUCAUGCCUAAAUACCUGGAACAGCAAUACGGAAAAUCCUCUUCGGAUGCAAUCUUCCUCAUUGGUAUUUAUAAUUUACCCCCAAUAUGCAUUGGAUACAUUGUUGGUGGUUUAAUUAUGAAGAAAUUCAAGAUUACUGUCAAGCAGGCUGCCCACAUAGGGUGCUGGUUAUCUUUAAUUGAGUAUCUUCUCUAUUUCUUAAGUUUUCUCAUGAUUUGUGAUAACUCUUCAGUUGCUGGUAUAACUACCUCUUAUAAUGGGAUACCACAGAAGUUAUAUGUGGGAGAUUCUAUUAUUUCUGACUGUAACAUGGAUUGCAACUGCCCAACUAAAACCUGGGACCCAGUGUGUGGAGAAAAUGGCUUGUCCUAUAUGUCAGCUUGUCUCGCUGGCUGUGAGACAUCUGUCGGAGCAGGAAUAAACAUGGUGUUCCAAAACUGUAGCUGCAUUCGAACAUCAGGAAAUUCUUCCGCAGUACUCGGGCUUUGUGACAAAGGCCAGGGCUGUGCCAUGAUGCUCCAGUACUUUUUAAUCUUGUCAGCUAUCAGCAGUUUCAUUUAUUCUUUAUCCGCCAUACCCGGUUACAUGGUUCUCCUAAGAUGUAUCAAGUCUGAAGAGAAGUCACUUGGUGUGGGAGUACAUGCAUUUUCCACAAGAGUAUUUGCUGGGAUUCCUGCACCCAUAUAUUUUGGUGCAUUAGUGGACUCCACAUGUUUACACUGGGGAACUUUGAAAUGUGGUGAAUUAGGUGCAUGCAGGAUAUAUGAUUCCAUCAACUUCAGAUACAUCUACCUCGGGCUGCCCGCAGCGCUCAGAGGGUCGAGCUACGUUCCAGCCUUUUUGGUCCUUUUCAUCUUGAGAAAGCGUCGUCUACCUGGUGAAGAGGCCUCUUUGGGAACGGUGCUGGAUGAAGUGACGGUUUCGGGGAAGGAAAAUGAUAAACACCCAAAUUCCAACGACUGGAACGAUGAAGAACUGAAAACGAAACUGUAAUGCCCUGGCAGGUCCACACAAGACAACACAACACAGCUAAUUUGUCCUUAAAAUAAAUAGAGAUACUACAGGUAAUGUGUUCUUAUCUUUAAGAACCUCAGCUCUUUUUUUUUUUUACUUGAUUAAAAGAGAAAUGUUCACUGAUGGUAUUUCUGAGACAUCAAUGGGACUUGAGAUUUUUCUCCAAGAGUAAAAGUAUCUCAAAAUAGGAUAUUAGAGUCAGCUUUACUUUUAUGUGAAAGUAAGCAAUUUCUUUUUUAACUCCUGCAUAAUAAAGGUAUAUUAAAAACAAUCCUGUUUCCAGAUAAUUCUAAAUAUCUCCUGUUAUUAAAAAAAAACUAGUAAAUGCUACUGAAUUCCUACUUUGAUUUAGAGAUGGAAUUUUCUUUCUGCUUGUGUGACUAUUUAAAUAUUAAAAUAGAAAUAUCUUAUUCAAAUGUGCCACAUCUGUGAGAAAGGAAAUCUUUUUCUACGGAGGAAUUCUUCUUUAAGUCUUUGUAUUCCUUACAGAAAUGAGAUAUCAAAAAUAGAUGACUUCUUGAUAUGCCAUCACUUGCUUUCAGUUUAUUUCCUAUUUUGUGACUAACAAAAUAAGUUUGCUCUUUUUACUCAGAGCACUGACAAACUUUAUUAGGGUUUUUCAAAAUUAUGUUGCAAAGAUGGUCUUUUUUUUUUUCUAUUCAAAUAUGGUGGCUAAGCAUCCUUAAAAACAAGUAUGUGAUGGGUUGGAGAGAUAGGUCAAAUGGAACAUAGUCUUUGAGUUCAGGAGGUCUGGGCUGGCCUCCUGGCACCCCAGUGUCCCCUGAACACUCCCAGGAGUGAGUUCAUAGCACCUGGCUUGGAGAAGCCCCCAAGUGCUACCAGGUAUGGCUGCAAAACCCAAGCCAAAGUCCAAACAAGUGUCUGAGUCAAAACUAAAAGAGUAAUAUCAGAAAUGCACUAGUCCAUAAAGCCUGAGGUAUCCGAUAUUCCCGACAGGAAUACUUUGCCUUGUCAAGAAAUAGGCUAGGAGCAAUGUUAAUGCCACCUAAGUUUGAGCCCGCAUUACAAUUUCCAUAAAUCAUCUUAGAGUUGAAGCUUUUUUAAAUUUUUUUCUUUUUUGGCCAUAUCCGGUGAUGCACAGGGGUUAGUCCUGGUUCUGCACUCAGGAAUUACUCCUGGCGGUGCUCAGGAGACCAUAUGGGAUGCUGGGAAUUGAACCCUGGUCGGCAGUGUGCAAGGCAAAUGUCCUACCUGCUGUGCUACUGCUCCAGCCCAGAGUUGAAGCUUUUUUAAAAAAUAACUUCUGUUGUAAAACAAGUUAAUGAAGCUCAAAAUGCAGAUGUACUAUGAAAUCUACCCAUGUUUUGGUGAGUGAAAUCUACCAAUGUCAUUGACAAGGACAAUGAUAAUUAAUAAAAAAAAAUAAAAAUAAACCACGAUGGAUUUUUGAAGUAUAAGAGCCUUAC